AUGGCUUCCACCCCCAAAGCCAAUGUCCCCAAGAUUGAUGUGUCGCCCUUGUUUGGCAACAAUCUAGAGGAGAAAAUGAGGGUCGCGCGCGCAAUUGACGCUGCCUCGCGCGACACCGGCUUCUUCUAUGCGGUCAACCAUGGAAUCGAUGUGAAUCGACUCUCGCAGAAGACCAAGGAGUUCCACAUGUCCAUCACAGAUGAUGAGAAAUGGGACCUCGCUAUUCGCGCCUACAACAAGGCGCACCAGGACCAGAUCCGGGCUGGGUACUACUUGUCUGUCCCAGGCAAAAAGGCUGUGGAAUCCUUCUGCUAUCUAAACCCUAACUUCAAGAGCGACCACCCUCGCAUCCAAUCGAAGACGCCUACUCAUGAGGUCAACGUGUGGCCCGACGAGACGAAGCAUCCGGGCUUCCGCGACUUCGCUGAGCAGUACUACUGGGAUGUGUUCGGACUCUCAACGGCAUUGCUGCGAGGCUAUGCUCUGGCACUGGGCAAGGAGGAGGACUUCUUUAGCCGCCACUUCAAGAAGGACGACGCGCUCUCCUCGGUCGUUCUCAUCCGCUACCCAUUCCUAGACCCUUACCCACCAGCUGCGAUCAAGACAGCCGCGGAUGGGACCAAAUUAAGUUUUGAAUGGCAUGAGGAUGUAUCGCUCAUCACCGUCCUGUACCAGUCCAACGUGCAAAACCUACAAGUGGAGACCCCUCAGGGAUACCUUGACAUUGAGGCGGACGACACCGGCUACCUGAUCAACUGCGGCAGCUACAUGGCACACAUCACCAAUAACUACUAUCCCGCCCCCAUACACCGGGUCAAAUGGGUGAACGAGGAGCGCCAAUCUCUUCCAUUUUUUGUCAACUUGGGCUUUGACGAGACGGUCCAGCCGUGGGACCCUUGUAACCCCGACGGCAAGACCGACAAGGAGCCAAUCUCCUACGGCCAGUAUCUGCAGAAUGGCCUAGUUAGUCUGAUUAACAAGAACGGUCAGACCUAA